UGGCCUCCCAAAGUGUUGGGAUUACAGGCGUGAGCCACCGCACCCGGAAUUUGUGGCCUUUUUUAAAAGCAUGUGAUUUAUUUUGCUAAAUGUCCCAGGAAAAAUGAUUAAUGGAAAACUACAGGUGAGCUAUAUAAAGUGUAGGUCUUCACACACGUACGUGUCCUUAUGUACAUUUACCUGUAAAUGAAGACGACUUUUCCCUGGCCUCAUUCAGUUGAUCGAAAUGCUCAGAUGAGGAGCACCUGCAGUUUGCCCGUAUUUUCCCAAAAUGCCUUGUUUGCCUGCAACUAUUCCCAGGAGAAGCCAGACUUUCCUCCGUAAGCAAACCACUGUGCUCUCGCAGAGAUUCGUACUGUAAAAGCUGAGUUUGCAAAGUUAAAUUAAUUUCGAAUUGGUGGAUUUUUGUAUGGAAAUACUUUGGGCUACUUGACUUUACUAACCAGGACCUACCUACUACUAGUCAGGAGAGGGUGGUGGUUUGUGGUUCUCUGGAUAGUGGGUAGCCGUAAGUAGAACUGAAGAGGGAUUUUAAAAUGAUCUAUUCAUUUUUCUCUUUACUAGUAAGAUUUCCAAUCUGUGUCCAUUCUUGAAGUCAUUGGGAGGCUUUGUACCCACCUGGAGCCAGGGCCCUUACCAGGGAUUAGGGCACCGGCAGACUGGUGUGGAGGUGUAGUGCAGGCGUGCUUGAAGAGGGACAGGACCCAAGGAAGGGUGACAAUAAGAAGACAAAAACACGAAAUAUUCGCAGCCCUCUUUAGAACAUCCUCCAUCUAGGCAAAAUCUAUUAGGAAUUUUAAGAGGCUUCAAUUAAACAUUAGUGCUCAGUGUCUUGCUGAAGAGGAAUUCAUUCUUCAGUCGAAGCUCUAUUGUCAGUAAAACUGCUCAGGAUAAGGCAGCCGUGUUUAGGCUGUGAGGAGCUGCCCCUGGACUGCGGAGCUUGCUCCGUAAAGGCGUCUUGAUACCCCCUCAAAUGGAUUUACAGAAAAGACUCAGCUGUUGGAAGUCUCUGGGAUUGUAUGGCAUCAUGAGGUAACAGACCUGGUAAAUAGCUAGAACGUAGAGAAGAAUGAAACCAGAGGCAGUGUGCUGUUGGAGCUGAGAGGACCGAAAACUGGAUAUUUGGUCCCCGUGGACUUUCUGGUCACCCUAUGAGGUAGAUUUACUUUGUCUUGAGUCAUGUGGAAGGACCCUGAAGUCACAAGUUUUUAAGACUCUCAGGCUUACUGUGGAUCUGGAUUCUAAGGCAACACUUCCUUGAAGAAACAAGCUUACAGGCAAAUCACUUCUGUCCUUAUGUAACAGUCUGUGGCCCAGACCCAGGCAAGUGGUAAAUAUUUACCUUCACGCUGGAGCCAAGAUCGCUGCGGGGAGUCCCACGAAGCACCACUGCCCUCUAAGACCUUGGAAAGGGAAACAGCAGAAGGUGUGGGUGCGGGUGCUGGAGCUCCGCUGGGUCACACGGCCAGCACCCGAGUGGGAACUCAGAGCUGAAACCUGGGUUCUCACUGCAGCUGGAUAACAGGUGUUUACAAAAGUAACAGCAGCUCUAGAGGGCGGCCACCUUGCCUGGAACCUCCGCAACUUCCGCACCCACCGCACAAGGGCUGAGAACAGUGAGCUGUGCCCGGAUGGCCCUCGUCUUCCUGUACGGCACCUUGAAGCGGGGUCAGCCCAACCACAGGGUCCUGUGGGACGGCGCCCACGGCUCCGCAGCCUUUCGGGCGCGCGGCCGCACGCUGGACCCCUACCCGCUGGUGAUCGCGGGGGAGCACAACAUCCCGUGGCUGCUGCACCUGCCUGGCUCGGGGCGCCGCGUGGAGGGUGAGGUCUACACGGUAGAUGAGCGGAUGCUGCGCUUCCUGGACGACUUCGAGAAUUGCCCGGCCCUGUACCAGCGCACGGCGUUGCGGGUACAGCUGCUGGAGGAGGGGGCCCCGGGCGCGGAGGAGCCGCCGGCGCCCACUACGGUGCAGUGCUUCGUGUACAGCAGGGCCACCUUCCCGCCGGAGUGGGCCCAGCUCCCGCACUACGACAGCUACGACUCCGAGGGGCCGCACGGGCUGCGCUACAACCCCAGGGAGAACAGAUAAGGGGGGCAGGCAGGGUGGGCCUAUGCCUGAGAGCCCUGGGGCUCCAAGAUGUGCCCAGCCCAUGCUGGGUGAAGGCCGAAGCAGAACAGGGCCUUUUCCAAGGAAUCAGCGGGAGAAGGAACCAAUCUUUCAGUGGCAGCUGAUUUUACAAAUAAUGUUGACACACAAAUAGCAAGGUGGUUCCCUCCCAUCUUUCCACCUGGUAGGAAAAAUUCAGGAUUUUAAUACCCCUAAAUGACAUUUAGAGAACUUAUGUUAUGCCUAAUUCUUCUGCUCUUCUUCCUUGUGAUUUUUGUUUGCUCAGCUUUGAGCUCAAGAUAAUAUUUAGGAUCAAUGUAAAGACUUGGUGUUGCAGCUAGAUUUUAGCAGCCCUAUUACACUGAUUCUGGCCUGUAGCCCCUGAGAAAGCUGAUUUCACACGGCUGGGUAGAAUUUGUAAAGAAGGUCCACAGGGCAAGCAUGCUGUAUAUCAGAGUGCGUACAGCACCAUUCUUCAUAAUUUUCAGAUCAAGCUUCAUAGCAGAUAUUAAAGAUUAUUUAAAUUUGAAGUUGAUGUUUUGGGAAAUCAAAUAUAAAAGUGUUGGUACUGUGUUUGACCACCACUUCUUUGGUAUACUUACUUGGUAGAAGGUUCUCUACAUUCUGAUCUAGCAAAAUAAUGAAUACCCACUUGCCGGUAGACACAGCUGAGCGUCCAGACUUCAAGUGCAAGUUUAUCUCAGCCCAGAUCUCAGCAGCCAGGCCCGGUCCCUGCCCCCUGAAGGGAGAGCAUUUGGGGGUGGUCCUUUCAGAGAAGAGCCAACGCAUUAGUAAUUUGUUCUUUAGGCCUGACAGAAGCUUAGCUUCCAAAUACAAACAGCACUUAAAAUAAUUUUAGCAAGGCACAAAGUACCAAUUACUACCCACCUCCAUCUGAUAAUAAUUGUCAGCAUCGAUUCAACUCGAUGCACGGCUCUUUGCUUCUGCUUCCCAGCAAAGUCUGAAAUGUAUUCCAAGAAUUUCAGAACCAAAUGCAAAUGUAGCUGCUGUGAUCCUUAGUAACCUUGUUCUCUGUUGGGAGAGCUCACUUACUCUUCAACUUAAUGGUAGACUGUGAUUGCUAACUGCAUCUGGCACAAAAACAUGAUCAUUAUUUUUAGCUUCUUUUGCUUAAUUGGAAACUUGCUUCACAAAAAACACAAAAAGGCUAGGAGGGGUCUCAGCUGAUGAGUUCGUGGCAGCCCUGUGCUUGACGGGGUGGGUGAUGCAGCCCAAGCUUCCUGCGACUGCCCUGGCUUGUGCAGCAGGGAAGGGACCAGGCAGUGCGCUCAUCCUCAAAGUAGUGCAGACAGCACCCCCGGCCAACAUGGAAGCUUCAAGGUGACCUCCAGGAAGGUGACCUCCAGGCGGUCAGCCAGCAACACUACACCCACAUAGAGACACAGCAGGAAAGGGAUUGCCAAAAAUCUGCAUUUGCAGUCUCCCAUCCUUAGGAAGUUAGGAAAAUCAGCACCAGGAGUGAGGGCCUCACUUCCAGAAGAAGUAAGGCAAUCAGAUGAAAAAAUGGCAAGUGCUAAUCUAAUAAAGCAAGGCAAAUAACUGACAUAUCAAUCUUUUAAAAGGAUCACAAAGAAAUGCUGGUAGUCUACUGGCAGAGGCUGUCGCCUAUGUGUACACUGUCUUCAAAGAAAGGGCAAACUAAUAUUUAGACAAAUGAUCAGUUUGAUUGAUUUAAUUUUCAUACUAGGAAAUCUCACAGAAGUACAAAUCAUAUGUACAAGUAUUUAUAUCAGUGAAAAUUUCCAUUGGUGAUUUUUUGGCAGAAUAUUGGUCUUGACUCUGGAAUAAAUGACGUAAACGUAGCUGCACAGGGGUGUUCCUGUAAAAUGCUUGAAUCAAUUGUGUGUCAAAGCAUCACACAAAUGGCUAAUUAAAUUGGGUGAUGACUGAAA